UCUUAAGUGUUAGAUGCAUUGUUACUCGCAUUGCAAUAACAAUUUUAAACUUACGGUCUUGAAAUAAUUUAGUUUGUGUUUGAUGCUGCACUUCAAAGAUGCGCAAGUGUCAUUUGGUUAUAAUUUUUCUGGCGUUUGUUCAUCAAACGGCGAGUUGCCCGAUAGCCUGUACUUGUCUGGCACGUACGGUGCGAUGCACAAACGCGGUUUUACGAAGUGUCCCCCAGAAUAUAAGCAAUGAUGUGCAGUUGUUAGACUUGCGCUUUGAUCGUUUGGAGGCAAUACCAGCUCAUGCGUUUACAGGAUUAUCGCUUCUUACAACACUAUUUCUAGAUUACAACGUCAUAAGAACACUAGACAAAGAAGCAUUUUCUGGACUCGUUAAUUUAAAGCAACUGCAUUUGGGUAAUAAUCAAAUUCAGGACAUCCCAGAAUACUUAUUUCAACCAUCUAAAAAUCUUAAAGCCAUCUAUUUGGAAAACAACAACAUUAAGGAAAUUCGCGAAGGAACAUUUGAUAAUUUGUUGCAACUCAACCAAUUAAAUUUGCAAAAUAACAAACUCGUUACUGUUCCCUCGGAUGAAUUUGCCCACCUGAGAAAUCUGCAACACUUGCAAAUUGAUAAAAAUCCUUUGAAUUGCGAUUGCGGAGUACAUUCAUUAUGGAGGCAAUUUCACAGAGAUGUUGGGCUUUUUAAUAACGUUCAAAAAAUUCGUACGGAAGUCUCGCUUUCUUGUGCAACUUCUUCUUCUACUUAUCUAGAAUUAACAAAGCUUGAAGAAGAGGACUUUACAUGCAAUCUCCCAGAAAUUAUAUUAGCACCGCAAAAUCAGUUAGUAUUAGCAGGAAAAUCAUUCACAUUGGAAUGCGAUGCGGAUGGAGAUCCUAUUCCAAAUAUUUUUUGGCUUUUUAACGGAAAUCCACUGGAAGCAGAUGAGCGUAAAAUACUGGAUAAUGAAAAUACCGAGUUGCAUAUUAAUAAAGCCAUUAAGAGUGAUGCAGGUAUUUACACAUGUACAGCAUACAACAGCAAUGGGAAAAUCACAGUUCAGGCGAAUGUUACGAUAUCUGAUGAAGACCGAAAACCAAGAAUAAUCAUUGAACCCUAUGAUUUAGAAGUAGCAAUCGGAACCAUUAUUGAAAUACCUUGUAAAUUUGAAAACAUUGAUAAUGUGCAGAUUGUUUGGAGACAUGACGGUCGACUUAUUACUCCAAAUGUGCUUUCGGACAACAAAUAUCAAGUUCGUAAAUCUGGAAGUCUGCUUGUGAGAGAUUUUACUGUGGCUGACGGUGGUCGUUACGAGUGCACCUUAAAAAAUCAAUAUGGGCGAGCUACUGCUUCGGCUCUUGUCAAAAUCAAAAAUAGUGCAACGAAAACGCCAGGUGAUAACUACGUGAGAAUAGCAUUUAAUGAAGCAUCGAAGGAAAUCGACCUGGCCAUCAACAAUACAAUCGAGACUCUAUUUACAAAACGCAAUUCGGCCUCCAAUGGCAAACACAAUUACGCUGAUCUUUUACGUGUAUUCAGAUUUCCUAAGGGAGAAGCGCGGCAACUGGCUCGAGCUGCUGAAAUUUAUGAACGAACUCUUGUAAAUAUAAGAAAGCAUAUCGCAAAGGGCGAAAAUCUUAGUAUGCCAAGUCAAGAUUAUGAGUUUCGUGAGCUUCUAUCGCGUGAACAUUUACAUUUAGUAGCGGAACUGUCCGGCUGUGUGGAGCAUCGCGAGAAGCCCAAUUGCACAGAUAUGUGCUAUCAUUCGAAAUAUCGUAGUAUCGAUGGUUCCUGUAACAAUUUAAGAAACCCUUGGUGGGGUGCAUCACUUACAGCUUUUAGGCGUAUUGCAAAACCAAUAUAUGAAAAUGGUUUUAGUACACCCAUAGGCUGGACAAAAUCACAAUUAUAUGCGGGUUUCUUAAAACCUAGCUCGCGUUUGGUUUCAACAUCGCUUAUUACAACCAAACAUAUUACUCCAGAUGAACGUAUCACCCAUAUGGUCAUGCAAUGGGGUCAGUUUUUGGAUCACGACUUGGAUCAUGCGUUGCCAUCGGUUAGUUCGGAAAGUUGGGAUGGUAUUGAUUGUAAAAAGACAUGUGAGUUUGCUCCUCCAUGUUUCCCUAUUGAAGUACCGCCAGGAGAUCCCCGUAUAAAAAAUCGCCGUUGUAUUGAUGUUAUACGUUCUAGUUCUGUAUGUGGUUCCGGAAUGACUUCACUAUUCUUUGAAGGUAUACAACAUAGAGAGCAAAUCAAUCAGCUAACAUCUUACAUAGAUGCGUCUCAAGUAUAUGGUUAUAGCUAUGAAUUUUCCACUGAAUUAAGGAAUCUCACUACAGAUGAUGGACUCUUGAGGACAGGAGUUCAGUUUCCCGGUCAAAAAGAUAUGUUACCAUUUGCUGCACCUCAAGAUGGUAUGGAUUGCCGACGAAAUCUGGACGAAAAUACAAUGAAUUGCUUUGUUGCCGGUGAUAUAAGAGUUAAUGAGCAGAUUGGUUUAUUGGCUAUGCACACUAUUUGGAUGCGUGAGCAUAACCGGAUUGCCACAAAAUUGCGUGAAAUAAAUCCUCAUUGGGAUGGAGACACUAUAUAUCAAGAAGCUCGCAAAAUUAUUGGAGCUCAAAUGCAACAUAUUACAUUUAACCACUGGCUACCAUUAAUUAUCGGAAAAAGUGGACUUAAAUUGUUAGGAGAAUAUCGUGGAUAUGAUCCUAAUAUAAAUCCCUCUAUUGCAAAUGUUUUUGCCACGGCUGCUCUUCGGUUUGGUCACACUAUAAUAAACCCGGUAUUACAUCGGCUUAACUCUACGUUUCAACCAAUUUCGCAAGGUCAUUUGCCUUUGCAUAAAGCAUUUUUCGCCCCUUGGCGCAUUGCAUAUGAAGGUGGGGUAGAUCCGCUCAUGCGUGGUAUGUUUUCAAUACCAGCUAAAUUAAAAACACCUGAUCAAAAUCUCAAUAGCGAACUAACUGAGAAAUUAUUUCAAACCGCACAUGCUGUUGCUUUAGAUCUAGCUGCCAUAAAUAUUCAGCGAGGCAGAGAUCAUGGAAUACCUGGAUACAAUGUAUACAGGCAAUUUUGCAAUCUUUCUACCGCUAAAACUUUUGAUGACUUACAAGAGGAUAUUAAGAGCAUUGAUGUGCGGAAGAAACUUCAGGAGCUGUAUGGACAUCCGGAUAAUAUUGAUGUAUGGGUCGGUGGUGUUUUAGAAGACCAAGUUGAGGACGGUAAAGUGGGACCCUUAUUCCAAUGCUUACUGGUGGAACAAUUUCGACGACUACGUGAUGGUGAUAGAUUUUAUUAUGAAAACCCGGGUGUUUUUCUACCACAACAACUGAAUCAAAUAAAACAGGCCAGUCUGGGACGAGUUCUUUGCGAUAACGGUGAUGAUAUCAAGGAAAUAACAUCGAAUGUAUUUUUACUGCCUAAAGUGCAAAAUGGUUAUAAGAAAUGCGUCGACAUACCCGAAAUAAACUUAUAUUUUUGGCAGGAUUGCGGUUCGUGUAACAGUCUUCCGCCGCUUUUGGAAUCCGAAGGUAGCAUACUUUUCGAAAAUCAUCAUUUGCAGAAAAGGUCAGCCAUAUUUGCUACUGCCGCGGAGAAGAAAACUAAAGAAAUCAAAAACUCAAAAUUGAAUCAAUUAGAGAAGGCACUGAAAAAGUUGCAAGAAGAACUCGAUGAGUACAAAGUUAAAAUUCGAAAUCUUGAAGACAAAAAGUUGGUUGAAUAAAAAACAAAACUGUUUUGAAUAAUUUUAAUU